GCAGCGGCAGCCAGUGCAGCCGAGGAGUAGAGCCCCAGCACGGUCAGAAGAACUGCUUCUAGCCUUCUUCUCCUCUGCUCAGCACCUGCAUUGACUGUGCUAGAAAAGUCUCUCUCUCUCUCUCUCUCUCUCUCUCUCUCUCUCUCUCUCUCUGAGGAUGUCCACUGAGAUGAUGACCACUGAGCCAGUGCAGUCUCUGGAGCUUUCAGAAGACAUACUAGACAAGCUCGAUCCUCAUGGCAGCCACUCAGAUGACCUUUCAGACCAGUUCAUUAAGGACUGUGACCUGAAAAAGAAGCCAAGAAAGGGGAAGAAUGUGCAGGCCACUCUGAACGUUGAGUCAGAUCAAAAGAAACCCAGAAGGAAAGAUACGCCAGCAUUGCACAUCCCGCCUUUCAUACCAGGUGUGAUUUCAGAACACUUAAUUAAAAGAUAUGAUGUUCAAGAGAGAAUUCCAAAGGGCAAAACAGGUCCAGCUCUUCAUAACACUGACGUGGAACAGAAAAGGCCAAGGAGAAAAGACACACCUGCCUUCCAUGUGCCUCCCUUUGUUGCAGGUUUGACUCUCCUCGAGGAUGAGGGCACUGGAGUGAUUAUGGAGGAUGAAGAAAUGGAUGGUGACAAGCUAGCUAUUUAAAGACAUCUCCCCUGAGAUUGCGUGUAAAUAGAUUACAUUGGUUCCCUAUGGUGAUCUAGAGGAAAAAAUAGAUUUGUCUCUGCUCUCAUUUUGUCCUAGUCGACUCUCAGAUCUAGACACCUCCUCCCCAGGAGACCUACUACUCAGAUUGCUGGUCACCUCUUUGUCUUUCCUCUUUAGUUGCUUUUUAGCCCCACCUUCCAAAUUUUCAUUUCUCUAUACAUUGCAAAGGAAAGUGAUUUUUUUCCAAAGUAAGAGAGAUGAGACCUCAAAAAACAUGGAUGAAAGAUGGGGUUGGGAGGAGGUGGUCCUUUCUUCCUAGCUUAUGGUCAGGCAAUCUGAUUCAACAUCAAGCACUCAGGAGUUCAGCAGGGCCACAGCUACCAGUUAGACUGGGAGAACAUGUGGACUCUAACUCACAGAAUGCUCUGACAAAAUGGUAAUUCCUAUUUUCCUUUCUACCUUGAGAGUCCAGCUCUGGCCACACUCUAAAGACCCUCAUUACAGAUGUUAUAAGAGUUUAAGAAGAGGAAGCUGGCCCACCAUGCAAUAACAAAAGACAUAAGAGGCAGAGAGUGCUGAUCUAUGUGUGUGGGGGGUUGUCUUAUACUUAAUUUUAUUGUUAAAAAUGAGAGUUCUUAACUAUAUUGGUUGUCUUGACAUUUGUGAAUUAUGUCAUAAGCAAGCCAUCCCUAAUGGGAGAUGAAUAAAUACCAAUAAUUGUAAGGAAUUUAUUUUUUUAACUCUAAGGCCAGUCGAAGGUUCUUCUGAUAGUCCUACCAUCUCACUUACUUAGACUCUGACACAUUUUCUUGUAUAAGAGGUGGUGUUGUCUAGUGAACACAGAUGUGCAUGUGACUCCUGUGCAGCUGGCAAUCUCCGAGUGCCCGUGGGAACGUUGCAUCUGCACUUCAUCCACCAGACAGCAGACAGGGAGAAGGUGAGGACUGAAAGGGAGAAAAGCAGAGGAUCUAGUGCUCAGACCAAGGUGGGGAGCAUGGGGCAGUUCUAUACAUACUUGCAGUCCAGCUGUUCGUUAGCCUUUCUGUCUUUCUGUUUCCCUUACAAAGAUGUGGAAGAUGCAACACAUUUCAGAAAUAAAGACACUUCAGCAUA